AUGUCAUUUGGCUUCCUCGUCUCAGCACUUCCUACUACAGCUUUGAACUCCAAGGAACUAGCUGUACGCCACGACUCCAGCGAGUUGGCAACACUUGUCGUCAACUUGCAGGCCGAUAUUGAUGUUUGUGCCAAAGCUAUUGCCGGACUCUCGGUUACUGCCGAUAUCUUUGCCCAGAUUGACAUCCUCACGGGCAAAAUUAACUCCUGCGCGGCUGCCAUCCUCGCUCUCGGAGCUGGUAUUGAUAUCGAAGCCUCUGUCAAGGCUGAUAUCGCUGCCAAACUCGGCGCCAUCAUCAGUGUCAUUGUUCAGCUUUGCAUCAGCCUAAACGCCAAACUUGGCAUUAUCGUCGUCUUGGGCUUAUUUGCCAAGAUCGACGCCUGCCUUCAACUUUUGAUCAAACUCGGGUGUAUGCGCUGA